UUGAGAUCUGCCAGUAAAUGUAAACAAGAAGAAGAGCCGAUGACCGAAAGAAAGUGUGUUUAGAAGGCUGAAAGAUGGACAUAAAGAUGGAGAGUAUUAAAGAGGAGACUGAAGACGCUGAAACACACACAGUAAAAGAGGAAGAAAACGAGGAACAGAUAGACCUGAUGCGAGUCAAAGAGGAAACUCCAGACCUGAUGGAAGUAAAAGAGGAAGGUCAGGAUCAAAACCCCCUCGAUUCUCCAAUAACAGAAGUAAAAACAGAACAAAAAAUCCAUCUCGAACAGUCGACAGACAGACCGUACGCAUGCGAUCAAUGUGGGAAGAGGUUCACUCUAAAAAAGUGUCUUAAAUCUCAUAUAAACACUCACACUGGAAAUAAACCGUACGCUUGCGAUCAGUGCGAGAAGUGCUUUACAGCUCAAUCCAGUUUAGAGAGACACAUGCUGAUCCACAGCGGAGAAAAGCCCUUUAAAUGCGAUCAAUGCGGCCGGAGAUUCACAUACAAAAAUGAUCUUAAAAUCCACAAGUACUGUCACAGCGGAGAAAAGCCUUUCAGAUGCACUCAAUGCGGCAAGAGUUUCACUUUAAAGAAAACCCUCAAGUCCCACAUUAAAACACACUCCCAAAAUAAGCCAUAUACCUGUGAUCGAUGCGGAAAGAGCUUCAUAUAUCAGUCCAGCAUCGAAAGACACAUGCGCAUACACACCGGAGAGAAGCCGUUUCAGUGCGAUCAAUGCGGAAAGAGCUUCAUCGAUAAAGUAAACCUCAGAAAUCACAUGCAGAUUCACUCCGGAUUAAACUCUGUGAGCUGUCCUCAAUGUGGGAACAUUUUGAGGAGUAAAGCACACCUGAAAAUUCACAUGCGCAUCCACACCGGAGAGAGACCGUACGUCUGUGUGCAGUGCGGGAAGAGCUUUUCCAGAAGCGGAGCGUUGAAAAUACACAUGCGCAUUCACACCGGAGUCAAACCGUAUUCAUGUCAGAUCUGCACAAGACGCUUCACAUAUCAAGGAGACUUCAGGAAUCACUUAAAGAUUCACUCGGGAGAGAAGAAGUUCAAGUGUUCGCAUUGCGACAUGAGGUUUAUCAGGAAGAGCUGUUUGAAUAGGCACGUUCACUCCUCACACGGCUUCAAGUGUGAUUAUUGCGGAGAACAUUUCCUCGAGGAUUCACACCUGCAGGUUCACCUCAGAGAGCAUUCGGAUGCGCGGCCGUUUGUUUGUAACGUGUGCGGCAGGAGUUUUAAGAGGCUGGGGAAUUUGUCUGCGCAUCAGGAAACUCAUGUCGUGCUGACGCCCUUUGCUGAGGAGCUGAAACUGCGCAAGAGAUUGUAUGCGGAGGAGAAAUGCGGCACGGGUUCGAGUUUGGCUGUGGCAGGAGUGCUGAACACACAGGAGCGAGCGCAGAACGCGACAAAGACAUACGACUGUCCUUCAUGCGGGAUGAGCUUUGGUAGUGGUAUCUUUCAGCUGGCGCAUAUGAAGAAGCACUGUCUGAAGCGGAAACAGGCAGAGGGAACGUAAAAAGUGCUUAUAUUACAUGAUGGAGAGCUGGGCUGAACCGAAGGUAUCAGAGUCGAGGGUAUCAGUCGACGAUAACAGUCGACGGUGACAAAGUUGACAGUGACAGAGUCGACGAUGGCGGGUUACGUUAAGAGAGUUGACUAAAACAGAGUUAACAGUGACAGAGUCGACGGUGACAGAGUCAACAGUAUCAGAGUCGACUAGGACAGAGUCGACGAUAACAGUCGAUGGUGACAAAGUUGACAGUGACAGAGUCGACGAUGACGGGUUACAUUAAGAGAGUUGACUAAAACAGAGUUAACAGUGACAGAGUCGACGAAGACAGAGUCGACGGUGACAGAGUCGGCGGUGUCAGAGUCGGCGGUGUCAGAGUCGGCGGUGUCAGAGUCGGCGGUGUCAGAGUCGGCGGUGUCAGAGUCGGCGGUAUCAGAGUCGGCGGUAUCAGAGUCGGCGGUAUCAGAGUCGGCGGUAUCAGAGUCGACGGUAUCAGAGUCGACGAUAACAGAAUCGACGAUAACAGUCGAUGGUGACAAAGUUGACAGUGACAGAGUCGACGAUGGCGGGUUACGUUAAGAAAGUUGACUAAAACAGAGUUAACAGUGACAGAGUCGACGAAGACAGAGUCGACGGUAUCAGAGUCGACGUAUCAUAAUCGACCGUAUCAGAGUUGACAGUAACAAAGUUGACAGUGACAGAGUCGACGAUGACGGGUUACGUUAAGAGAGUUGACUAAAACAGAGUUAACAGUGACAGAGUCGACGAAGACAGAGUCGACGGUGACAGAGUCGACGAUAACAGAAUCGACGAUAACAGUCGAUGGUGACAAAGUUGACAGUGACAGAGUCGACGAUGGCGGGUUACGUUAAGAAAGUUGACUAAAACAGAGUUAACAGUGACAGAGUCGACGAAGACAGAGUCGACGGUAUCAGAGUCGACGUAUCAUAAUCGACCGUAUCAGAGUUGACAGUAACAAAGUUGACAGUGACAGAGUCGACGAUGACGGGUUACGUUAAGAGAGUUGACUAAAACAGAGUUAACAGUGACAGAGUCGACGAAGACAGAGUCGACGGUGACAGAGUCGGCGGUAUCAGAGUCGGCGGUAUCAGAGUCGACGAUGACUGUUUAUGUUAAGUGAGUUGACUUUAAGAGAGUUGAUUACAGAGUCGACAGUGACUAAGUCGACGGAGACAGAGUUGACGAUGACAGUUUAUGUUAGGUGAGUUAACUUUAAGAGAGUUAAUGAUAACAGAGUUGACAAUAACAGAGUUAACACUAACAGAGAGUCGACGGUAUCAGAGUCAUCGGGAUCAAAGUCGACGAUGGUAUCAGAGUCGUCGGUAACAGAGUCUACAAUGACAGAGUUUACAUUAAGAGAGUUGACUAACAGAGUUCACAGCAACAGUGUUGACGGUAACAGAGUUGACAGCAUCUGAAUUGUCAAGUCAAGUCAAGCUUUAUUGUCAUUCCGCUUCAUGUGUGGACAUACAGUGGAACCAAAUGUCAACAAUAACAGAGUCACGGUGACAGAACUGAACUACUUUUCAUAUCUCAUGAUGGAAAUCUGCUGUUGUCAUAUGAACACAUUAAUCAAGAGUCAUCAGACGUCUUUCAGAAUUGUAGGCACAUUUCAAGAAUGUUUCAUUCCUAUUUUUCUUCAACUGCAGUGAUGUGCAAUAAAUGUACAUUUCUGUGAAUAAAUAACUGUUUGAUUAGCAGCAUUUUCUUUUCUUAAGAAAUACCAAUAAGGCCUGUGAUUUAUGUGUUUGACAUGUAUUGACUGUUAAGAGGAGAGUGUUAAAAUUAAACUACACUUUUAGGAAAUCUCCGGUCAAGCAUUAUCUGAUGAAAUGAAAUAGACUUUUAUUUUGUAUUAUUUCUUAUAGCAUAUUAAAACAUAACAAUGCAAAUACACAUUAUUACCAUCAGUACACAUUAUUACAGGGAGAAUAGAACAAUAAAAGCCACGAGUAACAAAAAGAAA